AUGCAGUUCACCGUCCUUUCCACCGUCCUCUUUGCCAUCUCCGCCAUGGCCGCUCCCACCCUGAUCGUCGGUUCGGCCCCCGCCGCUGCUGCCGGCGCGGGUGCCGGCGUUGGCGGUGGUGUCAGCGGCGGUGUUGAUCUCGAUGCUAGCGUUGGUGGUGGCGUUGGUGGUGGUGCCGGUGCCGGUGUCGGCAUUGGCGUCUAA